GGAAACACCACCACAAUUUCCUACACCAAACCAAUAAUCGAUCAUCAAAUUCAAAUUUCAAUGUUCAGAUUUUUGUAGAUGCAAUCCCAUUAUCCAAAACCUUAAAAAGCUCAUAAAGAAAAACCAUGAAAAUCUCAAAAGAAACAUGUUACACUUACACAAAUCUCCUAUGGCCAUGCCAACCUCGUAUGGAUCAAACUCACGUUGUUUUUUCAAACCGUUUUCGAGUUACAUGCACGUUGAGCCUCUUACUCUUAUUCACCACCAUGUACAUUUUCUAUCCGUCGGAUCCAUACCUCAAGAUCGUACGGUUGAAACUGAAGAAGAUUAAGGUACAUCGUGUGCCGCAUAUCACAGUAGAUAUCUCCAUGCUCUUCACGUUGAGAGUGCAAAAUGUUGACGUGUAUUCCAUGGACUUUGGUGCUGUUGACGUGGCGGUAUCUUAUAGAGGGAAACCACUUGGGCACGUGACUUCGAAGAAUGGGCACGUGAGGGCUAUGGGAUCUUCAUUUGUGGAUGCUGAUGCAGAAUUUAGUGGUAUUGGUGUGUUACCUGAGAUAGUGUUGUUGUUGGAGGACCUUGCUAAGGGUAUGGUACCCUUUGAUACUGUUAGUCAAGUUAGGGGCAAAAUGGGGAUUCUAUUCUUUUACUUUCCGAUUAAGGCUAAACUAUCAUGUGCUGUUUUGGUGAGUACAAUAAAUCAGACAAUUAUUCGUCAACACUGUCUCUACGAGGUAAAGAUUAAUUAUUAUUUUAGAGUUUGAUUGUGAUAAAAUUUGUUUGAAAUCUGCUUCUUUAAUUAAAUUGAGGAUGUGGAUUUACUUUGAAUGAAUUGAGUGUACAAUUAUAAACCAAGAGGCAAUGUUAUUUGUUAAUGAGUUUCACCUGAAGAUACAUAGUUUGGAGAACAAAGUUUUAAUAUUGACUAAAAUAAUUAUUGGUCAUAUUUUAUUUAAUUACUUUCUAAACAAAAUUUUAUUUACAUUGUCUCUUUCCUGGAGAAAAGAUAUAAGUUUAAAUUAUAAUACUGUUGAUAAAAAAAUCUGAUAGAUUAUAAGACUAAGCCAAUGUUUGGUUUAGCGUUAAAGUUAGUAUAAAUUUUGCGUCUCAAUGCGCAAACCGACAUGACAUUGAAAAACUUCAACUUGGAGAGUUGGAAAAAAAAUGUGUUUGAUUGGUAUCCACCAUGCAAACAGACACAUUAUAAGAUAAAUUUUAUGAUUUAAUUUUGUAUGUGUAUGCAGGGGCAGCCACCCCCGCUAGCUUGGGUACUAGCUCAGGCUCAACUUCUAUUUAUUUUUUUGUAGCAAGUCCAACCAUUAUUAGAACAUCACGUUUUUCCUGCGAAUUUUGCCAAAAAUUUAGGUUUUCAGGUAAAUGUAAUGUCUUCGUGGGUAAUUGUUUUCUUAGGACUUUAGAAUCCGCAAAAAAGGUACAUCCGCAGGAAGGAAGUAAUAUUAUAUGGGAAGUUUAUAAAAUUAUCCGCAAAAAAUAUGCAAUUUUUACAGACUCUAUAAAAUUUCUGGCUUCACAAAUGUGUGUAUGUGUUCUAGUCAACAUUUUAUCAUAGUCUCAUUUGUUGAUUCUUCGAGCAAUAAGACUUUACUUUAAAGGAACUAUUUUGUUAGUAAAUGAGCUUAUUUAAAUAAGAGUUAAUUAAGUAAAUGGUCCCUAUAAAUAUUCAGAAUUUUGUUUUUAAUCCUUAUAAAAUAAAAUCACACUUUUUAGUCAUUGUAAUAUUUUCCUUUAGCAUUUUAGAGACCGAAACACUGAUGUAAAUCUUUUAUAGAGACUAAAAAUGUUGAUGUAAAAUUUUAGAAGGAUAAAAAAUGAUGACGAAAACUUUUAUAGGGAUUAAAAAGCAUGAUUUUAUUUUAUAGGGACUAAAAAUAAAAUUCUGAAUAUUUAUAGGGAUCAUUUACUUAAUUAACCCUUUAAAUAAUGUA